CUCUCGACCUGCAAUACUUUCCGUCGAUAUCAUCUACUUGUCCCCUAGAAAUUGUGGUUUUUACCGCAUCAGUAUGGCUGUCAGCACUCGAAAACCAAUCCUCAUUUCCGGCGCUGGCCUUGCCUCUCUUUUGCUCGCGCAAUCGCUCCUUCGCGCUUCCAUUCCCUUUCUCAUCUUCGAGCGUGACAGCUCCUUUUCCUUCCGCGCGCAAGGCUACAGACUCCGUCUCUCCUCCGAAGGACUGAAUGCGAUCGAGUCCGCCCUCGAACCUGAGAUGUGGAAGCGCUUCUGGGAAACCUGCGGCAAGACCGGUGGUGAAGGAUUUGGAACCAUCGACGCGAAGACAGGUUUGAGGGUGCCUGAACCGCCAGACGACAACAAGAAUGACAAGCCAAAAGUCCCUAAGGAGACCCUCACAUCCCGCGGUGGAAAGAUCGUGGGAAUUUCAAGGGGCGAAAUGCGCAAGCUCUUCGCCUCCGGAUGCGAGCCUUUCAUCCAUUGGUCCCACCGCGUGACAAGCUACGAAUUGACACCAUCCGGCGUCCACGCGGUCUUCGCAGACGGCUCCAAAUCCGUUGAAGGAGAGAUGUUGAUCGGCGGCGAGGGCAUCUACUCCAAAGUCGCGAAGCAGGUUUCUCAAGGCAAGCUGAAGGUUUACGAUACUGGCGCAAGAGGAAUCCACGGCCAAGCACCGACAACGGCGUUCAAAGGCCUUGGGGAAGGUGUUUGGCGAAUGGUCGAUGAUUCUAAUCCCAAAGGGCGAUGUUCAGUUAUCACAAACGUCCGCUCGGGCGACAUGGACGAUCCCAAUGUGCAAUUUGGAUGGACAAUGGGGGCCCAACCAGGCGUCAUAAAGGUGCCGAAUGACGACGGUGCCAUGAUCGGGACUCCAGCAGCUGAGAUAGUGAAGGAACUCACCGCGGAUUGGCAUCCCCGCCUGAAGCCCCUUUUUGAUGAGAUGGAUGUUUCCGAAGCGGCCUUCUGGAAGAUAACUUGCUCUACUCCGGCAGGCGUUCCGGAAUGGCCAAACGAGCCACGUGUCACUGUCAUUGGGGAUGCCGCGCAUUCCAUGACACCUGCUGGCGGGAUUGGUGCGAACACGGCUGUCCAAGACUCUGCGCUGCUCGGUAGACUAAUAGCUGAGGCGGGUGGCUAUUCGGACGGCGUGACCGCUGCCUACGAGAAGCAGAUGAGGGUAUAUGGCAGCGAGGCGGUUGGGAUAAGCUAUGGACUAGCAACGGUCGGGUUUGGAAUUUCCAUCGACGAGAACUCCAAGACGGUGUGACGCAAAGAACGAAGUAUAGGAUCGGGCUGGCGUAGGAAUAGGUUAUAGAUAUGAUUAUGAAAAUAAUGAUUAAAUUAUAUAGAAGUAAUAUCAGCCUGUGCAGCUGCCUUUACCACAGCGCCACA